CAGAAGAAACAAAGAGAAGGAGAGAGAAAAGAUAAGAAAAGAAAAGAAAAGAGAGAGAGACAAAGAAAGGGAAGAAGAGAUGGGGAACAGUCUAAGGUGUUGUUUGGCUUGCAUUCUUCCCUGUGGAGCCCUAGAUUUAAUCCGUAUAGUCCACUUAAACGGCUACGUAGAAGAAAUAACCCGGCCAAUCACUGCCGGAGAGGUCCUAAAAAACAAUCCAAAUCACAUCCUGAGCAAACCCUCCUCUCAGGGAGUUGUUCGCCACAUUCUGAUCCUCUCACCGGACUCCGAGCUUAAGAGAGGCAACAUCUACUUCUUAAUACCUUCUUCAUCAAUGCCAGACAAGAAAAAGAAGAAAACUCACAACAACCACCCUAAAAAAUCAUCUUCCAAGAAAAUCAAGAAUUCCGACACCGAUCAUAUCCCAUGCCAAGAUCGGUACCUGUCGGAAAUCAUGUCGGAGAAGAAGUCGUCACGCAGGGAUCGCCGGAGCGGCCGUGUCUGUGUAUGGAGGCCUCACCUUGAGAGCAUUUCCGAAGACUAAUAAUAAUUAAUACUUUUCUUUUCUUUUCUUUUCUUUUCUUUUUUUUGGCCCUUCGUGCGUUGGAAUUUGAGUUUCCGGGGAUCACAAGAAAUGGGUGGUUUCAGGAAUUUUUUUUUUUUGACAAGAAGAAGAAGAUGUGCGGGGGGUUAUUGGUUUUUUUUGUGUAUAAAUUUACAGUUUUAUUUUUCUUUUGUUUAUUUCUGGCUGCAUAUUAUAAGGGCAGAUUCAGAAUUUCAUCUUCUUAUUUUUAUUUUUAUUGAUCUUAAUGACCUGUUUGGCCCAAGAAAAAUUAUUAAGAAAAUAGAGAUGUUUCAAUGUUUGUAUCCAAUUAAGGAAUUGUAGUUCAAACCUUCUCAAGUUGUAAGUAAAAACUAUAUAUAUAUACCUUUCCCAUUUCCAA